AUGGGAGUUCGUGUGUACGUUGAGCUUAAGAGAGAAAACAGAGUUUUGGGGAUGUAUCCAAUGUGCGUUAGUAUUCAUGAUUUUGAUGUUGAAGAUGAUGCAGCUAGAAAUCGUAUUAUUGGAGAUGAUGUCUUGCAAAUUGGAUAUAGCGAGAAUCGGGAUGGUAUGGAAGUUUGUGAUUCUACAGGAAAGGCUGUUCUUUUGUUUGAGAAUGAUAACAAUUUGGUAAUUUCGAAACCGGAAGCGAAAGGAGUUUUUGUCGAUCAAAUUUACCAGGAUAAGGAAACUUUGAAAAUUGUGAUGACGAAAUAUGCAAUUCGUGGAAGAUUCAAUUUCAAAACAGAGAGAUCGAAUGCUAUAAGCUAUACUCUGGCAUGUUGGUCGCCGGAAUGUAAAUGGAAGUUCAGAGCGUCGAGAAUUGGGGAUUCUGAAAUGUUCAGGGUUAGAUUUUUCGAUGACGAACAUACAUGUCCGUUGAAGGACAAGGUGUAUUCGCAACGACAAGCAACAAGUUGGUUUAUUGGAGAAGCGGUUGUCAAGGCGAAAAUAACUAACCAUAAAAGGAAGGUCACACCUGGGGAUAUAAAAGACGAUGUCAAAAAUGAAUUUGGCGUAGAUGUUUCUUAUAUGAUGGCAUGGAGAGCUAGAGAGAAGGCUAUAAAAGAUUUCAGAGCACUCAAAGCAUUCAUAAAGGGGUUCGAGUGUUGUAGACCAAUAGUUGUAGUGGAUGGUGCACACCUUAAAUCAACGUAUAAUGGUACAUUUGUGUCGGCAAGUACUUUGGAUGGAGCAGGUAAUAUCCUACCACUAGCGUAUGGUGUGAUAGAUUCUGAGAAUAAUAAGUCCUGGACGUGGUUCUUUGAACUGUUCAAGCAAGCUUAUGGUGUUAGGAAAAAUAUGUGUGUCGUGUCCGACCGACAUGAAAGCAUAAUACACGCAGUUUCUAAGGUGUAUCCUACUGUUCCUCAUUUGGCUUGUAUAUGGCAUUUGUGGAAAAAUGUGACAAAGCAAUACACAACAAACAGUGAGGUGUUGAGUCCUAUAUUUUAUUCACCGGCGAAGGCAUACGAGACGAGAUGA